GUUUGUGAGGCCAGUGAGCGGGAGGGGAUAUACGGCCACUCUGUCACCAUGGAUUAUGAGUGGAAGGAGAAACGUAACAAUGAGAGAGCUAAAGUAGAAGAAUUAUUUUCUUAUGAAGGAUGUAAGGUUGGGAGAGGGACCUAUGGCCAUGUGUACAAGGCCAAGAGGAAAGACAGUGUGGACACCAAGGAGUACGCCCUCAAACAGAUAGAGGGAACCGGUCUGUCCAUGUCAGCGUGUAGAGAGAUAGCGCUGCUGCGGGAGUUGAAGCAUCCCAACGUGAUCAACCUGCAGCGCGUGUUUCUCUCUCACGCUGACCGUAAGGUGUGGCUUCUCUUUGACUAUGCUGAACACGACCUCUGGCACAUCAUCAAGUUUCACCGGGCAGCCAAAGCAAACAAGAAAACUGUCCAAGUAACUAAAGGAAUGGUCAAAUCUCUCUUGUAUCAAAUUUUGGACGGGAUACGUUAUCUUCACUCAAACUGGGUGCUUCAUAGAGAUCUGAAACCAGCCAAUAUUCUAGUGAUGGGGGAAGGAGUAGAGCGUUCUGUCAAGAUAGCAGAUAUGGGUUUUGCUCGACUCUUUAACUCUCCCCUCAAGCCUCUUGCAGAUUUAGAUCCUGUCGUAGUGACAUUCUGGUACCGGGCACCAGAGCUCCUUUCUUGCGCGUCACUAUAACUUAAAGCUAUAGAUAUAUGGGCAAUAGGUUGUAUAUUUGCUGAGUUGCUAACGUCAGAACCAAUAUUCCACUGUAGACAAGAGGAUAUUAAGACUAGUAAUCCUUAUCACCACGACCAGUUAGACAGAAUCUUCAAUGUUAUGGGCUUCCCACAAGAGAAGGACUGGGUAGACAUCAAGAAAAUGCCAGAGCACACCACGCUAAUGAAGGAUUUUAAAAAGAACAAUUACUCAAAUUGUUCUCUCGUCAAAUAUAUGGAUAGACACAAAAUCAAACCUGUGGGAAAAGCUUUUAUGUUGGUAAGUAUUUGUGAUAGUGAACAGUAAUGUAAGAUAACAUAAGUGACUCCCUAAAAGUACAUUUCCUUUGUAAGUAU